GCUCAUCGAGCUUGGGGUAUCAAGAGCGUUCAGUUAAUUAAACACUCGCGUCCGCGGCUGGCUUUUGUCUUUCUGGUGAAUCAUGGGCCGCGCGUUAUUAUUUAUUGUUCUCGGUUUACUGGCGAAUGCGGUAACCGUUCGGUGCAUCUGCAGGACCACCGUAACCAAGCGCAGCGGAUCAAUAAUCUUGCGAUGCAUCGAGCUGAGAGAUCUAUCGAGAUUGGAGAGGGCGAACAGCAAGGCGACAACCAUCGAAAUCACCGACUCUAAUAUAACGAAUCUCCCAGGGCAUCAGUUUGCAAAAUUCGGCGCGACGCUGGUCACUCUGGACCUCCACGGAUCGAAAAUAGAGACGGUCGAUCCUAACGCGUUCAUAGCUCUGACGAAAUUGGAGAAUCUUUAUUUGUGGGGCAACAACUUGAAGAUGGUGAUUAACGACUGGUUCCAAGACACGCAGAACCUGAGAACCCUGGAUGUGUCGUUCAACAACAUCGAAGUAAUCGACUACGCAGUGUUCCAGCGGCUCCCUAACCUGGAAAAGUUCUACUUCGAUUACAACCAAAUUAAAUUCAUCGACUACACGAUGUUUGGCUAUCUGAAAAACCUUAAAAACGUCAAGUUCGAGAAGAAUCCGCUGAAGUGGGGGUACCGAGCUCAGUUAAUGUGGCAAUUGGACAAUCAGCACGUGAAGUACAGCGAAGUGUGGGAAGACUGGGCGUGGAUGAACGCUAUGAUCAAAGAAUGCACGGAAAGCGGGUACGGGGAAAUACCGCACGACACGGUCCUCGACUGCGUGGCUGUGAAAUUGAUCGACUUCGCGCACGAAAUACUCGCUCCGGAAAGGAAACGAAAGGAUGAAUGUGACGACAAAGCGAGAAAAAUGAUGCUCUGUAUGAAGGCUGAAAAUGUUACCGGUAACAACGACGAUGAGAUUAUGAGAAGGACUCUUGAAGGUUACAUCGCUAUGUUACACCCAUUGAUAAAACCCCAAGGACGAUUUAGUAUUGUCUAAGAUGACUCUCCAAGCAUGUAAUAAAUAAAUAUAAAUACAAAACAGCAGGUCCUGUUGACUAUAUUUUUAUAAAUGGAAAUAAUAGUAAUGGUAAAUGUUAUUAUUAAAUAAUCUGAAUAAUUUGAAUAAAAUACAUAUCAUAACGAUUAUGUGGCAUUACUAAUAAAUACUUUGGUAGAUACACUUUUCAGUUGGAGUGAAAUAAACGUACUUUUUCGAUAAGAAAAUUAGUAAGUAUGCAAAUAGUAACUGAUCAUUAAAUCGCCGGAGAUGGUGUAAUUAAUAUUACAGUAAUAUCGAUUGCAAAUUGUCUAAAAGAAGAAGAAAGUU